AUGACGACAGUCAGCAGUUGCUUUGUGGCAUACCCACACCCAUAUCGUUUCAUAAUGGACGAGUCGCACAGAUGUCGGCAGGAAAGCCCAUUCUUGGUUCUCAUGAUCCCAGUAGCCCCGCAUAACAGAGAGGCCCGUGACAUCAUCCGCAACACAUGGGCCAAAGAGACUACAUGGCAGGGCCGCGUGGUCAGCUACUACUUCCUGCUGGGACUGUCCGGAGAGGGCUCCAAGUUGUUACAGGAAAGCCAGCAACAUCAUGACAUCCUCCAGAGUGACUUCAUUGACAGCUACAAUAACCUCACCAUUAAAACCAUGGUCAUGUUUGAAUGGCUCAGCUCCCAUUGCCCCAACACCUCCUACGCCAUGAAGGUCGACUCAGACAUGUUCCUUAAUGUCCACAACCUUGUCAACAUGCUUAUGACGGCCCCCCGACAUCUCUACAUGACAGGAUGCAUGGCGAGGGGCUCUGCUGUUCUUCGAGACCAUAAUUCAAAGUGGUUUAUGCCUAUGUCUGCCUUCCCUGAGUCAACGUACCCACCGUAUGCCCUGGGACUGGGCUAUGUGUUCUCAAUGGAUCUACCCAUUAAGAUACUGGAAGCAUCAUUGCACAUUAGAGCUAUUUACAUUGAAGACGUGUAUGUUGGACUGUGCAUGAGACAUCUGGGGAUCACACUGACAGAUCCUCCUCAUAGUGGUUUGUUCAGGUUAAGAAAACCUUAUAUUGCAGGCAACUGUUACUGGAGCUCUGUCAUUACAACAUUACUACAGGACUCUGACCACCUGUGGGAUGUUUGGGGAAUAUAUCAGACUCAAGUACAAAAUGGCUGUUAA